UAGACGUACGUGCAGUUAGCGUCCGAUUCGAGUAAUUCUGCCGCCGAUUCGCCCAGGAACAUGUUCCACCUGUUCCAAUUGUGUUCCAAGUACAGUUUGACGAGCCCUAUCGAAUGGUGUAUUCGGAUUUUACGUAGCUCAAAUUAUGUGUUCGCAAACCCGACAAUACCUGUCCAAAAGUGGGAGAAAUGACUCAUCACCAUAGUAAUUUCACCGCCGAUUCGUUCAGGAACAUGUUCCAAGUGUUCCAAAUGGUUUCCCAGUACAGUUUGACGAGCUCUACCGAAUGGUGUAUUCAUAUUUUCUGUAGCUUGAAGCCAGUUUCCGGAAAUUCCUGAAUACCCUUCCAAAGUGCAAAACCGGCAAGUGAUUCAACCGCGGAUUCGCCCAAAGAACAUGUUCCAAGUGUUCCAAAUAAGUUCCAAGUACAGUUUGACGAGUCCUAUCGAAUGGAGUAUUUGGAUUUUACCUAGCUCAAAUUAUGUGUUCGCAAACCACAAAAUACCUGCCCAAAAGUGGGAGAAAUGACCCCUCACCAUAGUAAUUAUACCGCCGAUUCGCCCAAGAACAUGUUCCAAGUGUUCCAAAUGGGUUCCAAGUACAGUUCGAUGAGCUCUAUCGAAUGGCGUAUUCAGAUGUUUCGCACCUCGAAGCCAGUUUCCAGAAACGCCUGAAUACUCUCCAAAAAUGCAAAACCGGCAAGUAAUCCUACCGCCGAUUCGCUCAGGAACAUGGUGCAAGUGUUCCAAUUGAGUUUCAGGUACAGGUUUUUGUGCUGUACCUAACACUGAAAACCGGUUUCCGAUAUCUUCAGACAUGCGUGCAAAAGUCAAGAAUAGUGUUUUUUCCCAUGGAGCAUCUGCCACGCUGUGAGUUAUUCCAUGGCCGAUUCGCUCAAGUGUUCCAGGUUGUUCCAGAAGAUUUCCAAGUAAAAUUCAAUGUGCUAUAUCCAAUGGUAAAAUCCGCUUUUUGGAUCUCUUGAAAUGUUCCUGGAAAAAGUGGAGAAUAGUGUUUUUUCGCAAUGGCUCAUUGGUUGCCGGCAGAGAAUUUCCAGCGGCCAUGGGGGUGCUGCAUUUUUGCAGUUGCGUUAGUCACUAGCAAAGGGGGAGGCGAUAAGUUGGUCUAGUUUUAUGUAGCACACCCUGUGGAAUUUAGUGGUGAAAUCUUUCCGAGGCCUUCUUAAGUAACCAAUCGAAACCAUAUUUAGAAUACUCAAAUUUUUGUUGGUUGGUAUUGUAGGGUGUCUGAAAUAUCUGGCAAUCGCAUACUGCGUAGGAGUUUCUCACUUGUUAUUCGAGGGUUUGUACUGAAGAUGAUGAUUCGAGUGCUCCAGUGAUGAAAUGAUCGAAUUUCGAUACUUUUUAUUGUAGUAUUCGAAUCCUUAGCUGGGAGAAUUUUGAAAAUAGUUCUAGAAGUAGGGGAUUUUUCAAUGAAUUGAAAUUUAGUGUUUGUUAUACCGGCAGUCGCAUUAUAUUGAAAUUACAAUUUGAACCUUAUUAUUUGAUGACUUGAGUCAUAAAUGAUUCGAGUUCUCGGAGCUAUUAGUUUAGUAUUUGAAUUAUUAAUUAAUUGAAAUUUGAAUGCUGUUAUUUAAGGACUCGAACUAUAAACGUAUCCAAUUUUGAGAGUUGUUGUUUGAGCAGUCUAAUUAUAAAGGAAUCGUAAUUUAAAUAUCAUUAUUUGAGUAGUGGAAAUGUAAACGAAUCGAGUUUUAACGGUUUUAUUUGAGUACUCGAAUUAUAAAUGAAUUACAUUGAAUAUCAAACAUGUAUUUUUUAUUAUAAAAUAAAUUGUAAUUUUUAAAAUGAGCAGGCGAGUUGUUCUUAUUUAAACCAGCAAUCGAUUUAAAUGUAAUUGAUUAGUUCUUCCCUUUUUUUUUAUUUUUAUUUUCUUUUUUAUAUUUAAAUAAUAUAAGUGCAUGCCUAUUUUUCAAAGUUGAAUUUGCGGUUCUAUCUCACAAUUAUCUUCAGAAGAUUGAUGUUGUCAUCAAAAAAUAAACAGUUUCAUUUUAAGUAGAUGAUAAGUUUCUUUUUUUAACAAAUUUCAAUAUUGUUGUUAAUGUAAUAUGAGUAAUACUGAUAAUGAUAUUGUCACUAUGAGAAAUAAAUUGGUAACAGCGAUUGUUGGUUCAUCAAUCGCUCGUAACAUAAUGGUCCAAAACAUACAAAUCGAAAAAGAUUAAGUGCGUCUUCGUGCAAGAUCAGGAAGUGAUUGCGCCGAAGCUUUGGCUUGGUUGCAAUCAAAUGAUGGUCAGACAUUUAUGAAGUACGUAAUCUAUUAAUAUUUAUUAUUGGCACAAAUGAUGUUCACCGAGUGGGUGCUGAUGAAACUGUCCGACGUGUUGCAUACACAAUUGAAUCAAUUCGAUACUUCUAUCCUGGUAUACAUAUAGUUUGGCAAAUGUUGCAACGACGCACUCGUAAAACUUGGCUCUUGCCAGAAGGUGAAUCAGUUCUUAAUGAAAUUAGUCGUUGCAAUGUACGACUAACCCAAUUAGCUGCCCAAAUGAAUUUCGAUACAAUUCAACCAGACAUUCCAAUUAACUAUAUGUAUGAUGGUUUACAUCCAUCAGCAUAUGGAGUUAACAUGAUGGAAGAGACGAUUCGUCAUUAUUUAAGAACAAAUAAAGUCAUUUGUUCUUCAUUUUCAACUGUUCCCUCUUUUUCUUCAACUAUUGUAUCCCCUCCACCUUUAAUGUCGAUAAAUCUUUAA